AUGGCUAUGGACGAUGCCACGUUCAAGGUAUUUGUUGACCGACUGACGAUCACUGGGGACUAUGUCGCCCCUUCCUGGAGCUGGGCUAGCGGCAGGGGCGGAGUGUCUUUCAACUGCCCAGAGUCUGAUGAGAACAGAAGAAAGGCCACGCAUUGGCGUCAGGAAUGUUUGCAUAUCGAGCCAAGGGUCACGCUGAAAGGGGCCGACCCAUACGGUCAACUCAAACAUGCGUCGCUCGUAAUCGAAUCGCGGAUCCGGCCACUGGCGCAGUAUAGGCACAAGCUGGGUUCGUGGGGGAACCCGGGCUACGUCGGGAGCGAAGAAGAGCCCGUGGCAAAGGUGCACGUCGACUGGGCUGCGCACACGGACGGGCCGCCGGAGGACCUGCAGAUGCUCCUGCUAGGAAGCGCGGAAUUGGACGAGGCCUGCCCGGGCGCUGCCUCUCAACCACAGCCUUGGGGAGACAGAGACGGCGUGCAAGUAAGGAGGCAAAGGUUGGCCUACGGUCUGCUCGUCUGGCCCGUACCCGGCACCGAUGUCUUCCUCCGGGUGGGAAUAGUUCAUUCGAUACCGAAUAGACACGGAGGGGGGCUUUCGUUCUUCGAGGGUUGGGGAGAGCGGACAGUUACACUCAUCUGA